AUGCAGUUUAAAUCGCUCUUGUUGUCGGCUGUUGUCGUCCUCGCCCUUGCUCAAACUACUCUUGCCAACAUCUAUUCUCAGUUGCAGUUCAUGAAGAUUGAAUCGCCCAAGGAUAACCAAGAUGUUCGUGCUGGCGAGGAUUUGACCAUUACCUACGUGAUGCAACCUUUGAUUGAUGAGCAAACUUCUCCUGGCAAGGCUUUGGGUCUGGAUAUCAAUUUUCAUCGUAGAACCGGUGACCAAAAGCAACAGCAACUCAGCUACAUCCACAAGUCUUGCCCUGUCACUGCAAAGAAUGAUGUGUAUGUCAAGUAUUCCAAGACCUGGACCGUUCCCGAAGAUACCACGCCUGGCUCAUAUGCUAUUGACUUUGUUGAGCAAGUGCAAUUCCGCCGCACUCAAAUCACCUCCACUGAAACCGUCAAGAUCAACGUUGUCGACUAG